ACCGUGCCGCCUUCUUUCUUCCAUUUAAGGCUGUUCCUUCGGGCCUUCUACUUCUUGCUUUCUUUCUCUUUUUCCUCUGUUUUUGUUCUUCUUCAGGAUGCUCUAGUCUCCGUCAAAGUUGAUAUCGAGGAGCGUAAGACACCAAGAAAGGUCCUUUUUUGAUGCGUUUGGAACGAGUUCUUGGAAGGAAUUCGUAUAGGAGAGAAGGAUCAAAAUCUCUCCUUUCUGAUCAGAAUCAUUUCUUUUGAAGAAUUCGUUUUCUCUCUUCCUGUAGAUGGGGCACCAGCCGCAGAAAUCCGAGGCGAAGAUGAGGCUUUUCUCUUCGCCACCAUCACCAUCACCGUCACCUUCGUCUCGUAAAGGUUUGCCUGACAUUGUUGCACAGAGUGAACGAGAUGAGAGGGGGAUGUCAAGUGGAAGAAGAGAUCACGGGCAGGCCAAGCUAAGCGUCAGAGGCCAUUGGAAACCAUCAGAGGAUGCCAAGCUUAUGGAUCUUGUCGCCCGAUACGGCCCCCAAAACUGGAACUUUAUUGCCGACAAGCUAAAUGGAAGAUCAGGAAAGAGCUGCCGGCUAAGGUGGUUCAACCAACUGGAUCCAAAAAUCAACAAGACAGCCUUCAGUGAGGAAGAAGAGGAGAAGCUUGUCGCCUCCCACAGGAUUUACGGGAACAAAUGGGCGCUUAUGGCGAGGCUUUUCCCUGGGAGGACAGACAAUGCCGUCAAGAACCAGUGGCAUGUGCUCAUGGCCAGGAAAGAGAGGGAGCAAGGCAGCGGCUGUAGGAGGAGGAAGGCGUUGCCGCAGAGAACGGAGGUGAGCAGCGGGCAUAACAAUGCGUGGAGUGGCGAGUCCUCCAUCACCAGCUCCAGAGAUGAGUCUUCCUCGACUUGCACUGGUAGCAGGGCCAUGCCCUGUUUCUUGAAGGACUUUGGAAUGGCACAGCAGCAACAGCCAUUGCAGCUCUGCUUUGGUGUGUUCCACUCUCUUCUUCUUCUUCUUCUUCUUCUCUCUCGAUGUCAGUUAAGCCCAUAUGCCUCGGGAGCUUCGGUUUUCUUGUUUGCUUCUCCUGUGCAGGAAGCGGAUACAGUUUCGGGAAUGAAACUUCUGAAGGAUCAGCAGUCGACCAUUGCAGCAAUGUCUUCCUGCCAAGUGAAACUGAUGGUGAUCGAAAGAAGAAGUGCAUUCCCUUCAUCGAUUUCAUGGGUGUUGGAGUUUAGCUUUUCUUCAAGGAAUGAAUUCAACAAGUCUGCUUCAUGCACAGAGUCACUAAAAAGAAUUAAGAGAGUAAAAAGUGGGAACAAGCACAAGAAGAACGAGAAGAACAAGAAGAAGAAGUGAUCACUGCUUCUGCUUUCUUUUACUGCAUGUUUGAUUUAGAUCAUUCUUUUUAUGAUUCCAAUCUAAAUCUAAAUUACAUAGUAAAAAAUGAUUGGAAUCAAGUUGGAUACUGAGUUCAAAAAUUAGAUAUGGAAGGAUCCAAGAGGUAAACAUCAUGUAUUAUUUGUAUUUUAAGUAAAUAUUAAAAUAAUAACUUGAACC